GGUCAAGCAUGAAAAGGAGGCCUUCUCUUUUCCACGCGGUCGAGGCCGUCAUCGUUGUAAAGCGAGGCUCUCCUUGAAACUUUGGCGCUAUUAUUUUUAACCCCUUUCCUGUCUCGUUUUCAAGCGUAAACACGAGAAACUAUUUCAUUGAUAACAGUGACCGUCUGUUACGCUCAGAACUCACCAGAGUUGGCCGAUUUUGGUGCAAUAUGGCGGCGGAUUCCGCCCAAGUUUUGUCGAGUGGGUCAAUUCAACAACAAAUCAUGGCUUCUGAACAAGUUUCUGCGGCCGAAGUUCUCCAAAACGCCAUGUCAACAAACAUUCCGACAACAAUUCAAACUAUUCCCCAACAAGCUGGCGUAAUCACCACGAUCUCUGCAUCUGCUUUACCCGAGACGAUGACAACUUCAGAAACAAUGAUAGCGACCCAGAGCAUUUCUAUUGAUACUGAGGGAGCUUCAGCCACGUUGAGCGGACAUGAAUUACCAGAGAGUAUACCUCAAGUCCAACAACACGAGUCCGUGGUUGUAAGCGUGACUGGCACUCAAGAUAGUUUGGUCAUUUCUUCUGAAAAUGUGGCGAUUGCUGCAAGUGCUUCACUAGACGCUUCUCAACAUGCGGAAAUAGCGAAUUUAUCGAGUGCUGUUCAAGCGAAUUACCCGUGGGCUGCGCGACUUCACGACUGUGAGCUUAUAGGGGAUUCCUAUAGGGGAUAUGUAACCACUGAAGUGGAAUUGGACUUGAUCCUCACACUGCACAAACAGCACACCAACAGUUGUUGGGGAACCAGACAAUCCCCCUCCUCAGCUAAACCGUCCAUUCGUCUUAUGUGGAAAUCCCAGUAUGUUCCCUACGAUGGAAUACCAUUUCUGAAUACAGGUCGCCGGGCAACAGUUAUGGAGUGUCAAUAUGGUCCAAGAAGAAAAGGUGCUGUGAACAAGAAACAAGUUGAUUAUGAUGAGUGUGGCCAUCCAGUCAAAAGACAUCGCCCUACUUGUCCUGCAAGGAUUUAUAUCAAGAAAGUGCGCAAAUUUCCAGAGUUUAGGAUAGAUCCAAAUCUGGAGGGAAAGAAUGUUCGUCAGGCUCAGGAAAGAGCACUUACUUCAUUACGGCUUGCAGGGGUACAUGUUGGAGGAGAAGAGAGGUACUAUGUGCAGCUCCCUCUUCCAUUAGCUCAUGAAUACCAUGAUGUGGAUGAUACUCCCAUGGACCCUGAUGAGGGUGACAGUCAAGGCCAACGUCUCAAUGCCGAGGUCAUGCACAAGAUUCGUGAGCUUGUUGCUCGGGGUGUCAGUGGGAUUUACACUGUUAAGCACUGCUUGAAGGAGUAUGUGGAGAAAGAACUCUUUGUCAACUUAGAACCACCUCCCAGACAUAACAAGUCAUAUUUCCCUACCAUCAUUGAUAUCCAGAAUCAUAUUCACCAAGCACAGAUGGCACUAACUACUGGAGCUCUUAUGCCACUUCCCCCACUUACAAAUCUUCCACCAAGCUCUCCACAACUUAAGGAGAAAACCCGUAAACGAAAGCAUCCAACAGAAAAAUUAUCACAAUCAUCUCAGACAGCGGAGGCUUUGGCUAGCAUGCAGCAACAGUAUCAGUCAGCACGUCCGUCAGUGUUAAGUAAUCAAGAACAAGAACAGUUGAUUCAGUCUGGCAGGGUAAAUUUCCAAGGCAGUGAAACACAGCAAUUGGAAAUUAUUCAGGGAGGUGAAGGAGAAACAACAGAAGUAGACAUUUCUUCUCAGCCUCAGAUCCUUAUCACCCAAGGCUCUGGGGCUGGUAGAGAUGAAGGUCAAGUUGUGAUAGUUGUGAAUGCAAGCAGUUUCUUCUCUGGUCAAUCAGAUUCCGAGACACCAACAACACUCUCCUUAACCAUACCAGCAUCACAGGUGGCAAGCUUGAGCCAUGCGUCACUACAUUCUGCUGCUGGUUCACAAGCAGUAGCAUUCAUUCCACAAGCCAACACAACAGCCCAGACACCAGGGUCAGGAGCAACCCCCCAAACCGUUGCAUUCAUCCCACAAGCCCUAGACAGCAGUCGUGGUGCUGUGGCUUUCCUAACUUCUCAACAAACAGACAGUAUCAAUCCAGUUCCAGUAUCUGCAGCUUACCUUGCAGCGCAUGGACAGCCAGGUAACAUUUUGAGCAUGCUGGACUCUGCACUCCAAGCAUCUGCGGGAGGUACUGCCCCUGUGAUCAGAGUUGGUACAAACCUAGGAGUCCAGAUAGCAGACAGCAGUCAGGCGCACGAUUCUGUUCCAGGGCAGGUGAUGACGGCCCAAGCAGCUGUUGAAGCUGUUCUUAGUGCAACAACAUCCAGGGAAGAAACAAAACAAGCUCAUUGUGAUGAAGAGAAUAUCGAGGGUGAACCGCCAACCAAGCGUCAGGCUCUUGGAAUGGACUUCACGUCACUGGUCAAGGAAGCCGUCUUUGAUGGUCAACAGGCUGACGGACAAGCAGAGAGCGAACGAACAAGCGAUCAGUCACCAGUGGCUAACGCGCCAACGUCUACGCCCCAGCAUGCAGCUGGAAACACCCACCUUGACAGUCUAUCACAAACCAGUAUGGGCGAGAAUUUUCUUUCCAUGGAAACGCGACCAAUAGACAUGGUGGCCGAAUCAGUUAUCCAGUCACUACCGGGUGAACAGGAAGUUGUAAGGGAUUUUAAUGAAAACAAUGACUCUUUACUUGAUAACCGAGAGGAGAAACUCGCCGUACAGAGUACCCAGUCUUAUACAACUCCUGCGGAAAUCAUAGGAACGCCGCAACAAAACAAUGCGCAAUUUGCUACCGAUAUUUCUGGAGUUUCUCAAACAGAGUCUGCCCCCUUAGAAACCUCCCAAGGUGUCUGUAUUCCAAUGGAAGCAUCCUCUGAUGAAACUAAACUUACAGUUGUAGACGACAACAGGUUGAUCACAGCAGGCGAAGGACAAGGUAUCCAAGACUACACCAUGCAAACUCCGUCUACAGAAUCCACCAGUAACAGUGAACAUAUGAACAUGCCACUUGUGUUUAAAAGUGACCAACAAUUGACCGAGAACUCAGCUACUGUUGCGUCUCACUCGAAUGCUGUUCCCACCGUGAAUAGCCCUGAAGUUUUUACCUAGUAAACUAAAAGGGAGAGAUCUCGUGUUUCAUACGUGAACAUUUGUGUAUAUUUCGAUAUAUGAUCAUAGACAUGACUUGUGUUCAACACAAUGGUACACGGAAUUGAAAGGUGCCUAUUUUCGUCAUUCUUGGUACAUAGUUCUUAAAGAACAGAGUUGAUAGAGAUAAGAAGUUUAAGGUCAGCGGUAUCCGCUUGCGCACUGCUGUGAUCAAGACGCAGUUCAUGUCUGAGUUUUAGGAAUACGAAAUUGAUGUUUUAUGUCAAAUUGUCUAUAACUGCAGAUGAUUUUUGAUCUGGUAGCCUAAUAAGAGUCGAACUUACUCAAAGAUCGAUUCUCUAAUCGAACCAACACGGCUGAACAGGUGUCUGUUGUAAAUGAAAUACGAGUCAGCCGAUCGAAACUUGCGUGUAGCUUUGUGCCAAACGUGGGAACCAACAUUGUACCCAAGGGCGAGGUACGCGUUAUAGGGCAGCAAACAAUUAUUUUCCUUCUGAUUAAUGAGAGCGCAUUACCAAGCAAUGAGAGUUAUUCUUUCAAAGAAGAUUUUUAGACGUUUCCGGAAAGUUAAGUUAUUGAGGAGUGAAACACAUGGGUUUGAAUAUACCAUCGAAACAAAAGGAAAUUUAUAAGACCUGUAAGCAGGAAAAUAAAGGUCAUUUUUGGCUUC